ACUGCGACCACUGGAGCCUCAGCGGGCGCUGCAACUGGAGCGGGAGUCCAGCGGCACGGCCCGCAGUCGGCCCGGCCCGGGAGAGGGUGCAGGGAGACCCCGGCGGGCGCAGCCCUCAGCCUCGGAGCGCGCUCCUGCCCUUUGCCGGGCUCGCCUCGGUCCCUGAGGCGCGUCCAGCAGCUGCAGCUGACAGGGGCCGCACGCGCGGGUGUCUGCGGGGGUCUCAGCAGCCGCACCUGCGCGGCGGCCAGCGCGAGGUCCCCGCCCGCCUGGGCGGGCGACGAGGGCCGGGGAGCGGGCGUGGGUGCAGGCGGGGGCACCUCAGGGCCACCUCCUCGCCCCGCGGCCGUCGCUGGAAAAUGUCUCAGGAGAGGCCCACGUUCUAUCGGCAGGAGCUGAACAAGACAAUCUGGGAGGUGCCCGAGCGUUACCAGAAUCUGUCCCCGGUGGGCUCUGGCGCCUAUGGCUCCGUGUGUGCUGCUUUUGACACAAAAACUGGGUUGCGCGUUGCUGUGAAGAAGCUGUCCAGGCCUUUUCAGUCCAUCAUUCAUGCCAAAAGGACCUACAGGGAGCUGCGGCUACUCAAACAUAUGAAACAUGAAAAUGUGAUUGGUCUAUUGGACGUCUUUACACCUGCAAGGUCUCUGGAGGAGUUCAAUGACGUGUAUCUGGUGACGCAUCUCAUGGGGGCAGAUCUGAACAACAUUGUGAAAUGCCAAAAGCUUACAGAUGACCACGUUCAGUUCCUUAUCUACCAAAUCCUCCGAGGCCUAAAGUAUAUACAUUCAGCGGACAUAAUUCACAGGGACCUAAAGCCUAGUAACCUAGCUGUGAACGAAGACUGUGAGCUGAAGAUCCUGGAUUUUGGGUUGGCGCGACACACUGAUGAUGAAAUGACGGGCUACGUGGCCACCAGGUGGUAUCGGGCUCCUGAGAUCAUGCUGAACUGGAUGCAUUACAACCAGACAGUUGAUAUUUGGUCGGUCGGAUGCAUAAUGGCGGAGCUGUUGACUGGAAGAACACUGUUUCCUGGUACAGACCAUAUUAACCAGCUUCAGCAGAUUAUGCGUCUGACGGGGACACCCCCUGCUUAUCUCAUUAACAGGAUGCCAAGCCAUGAGGCAAGAAACUAUAUUCAGUCUUUGACCCAGAUGCCGAAGAUGAACUUUGCAAAUGUAUUUAUUGGUGCCAACCCCUUGGCCGUUGACCUGCUGGAGAAGAUGCUUGUUUUGGACUCAGAUAAGAGAAUCACAGCAGCCCAAGCCCUCGCGCACGACUACUUUGCCCAGUACCACGAUCCGGACGACGAGCCGGUGGCCGACCCUUACGAUCAGUCUUUUGAAAGCAGGGACCUGCUCAUAGACGAGUGGAAAAGCCUGACCUAUGAUGAAGUCAUCAGCUUCGUGCCGCCACCCCUCGACCAAGAAGAGAUGGAGUCCUGAGCACCCGGGUUCUGUUCUGGUGACCCCACUUCACUGUGAGGGGAAGGCCUUUUCAUGGGAACUCUCCAAAUAUCAUUCAAGUGCCUCUCGUUGCAAAGAUUUCCUCCAUGGUGGAAGGGGUGCGUGCGUGCGGCACGUGUGUAUGUGUGCGUUAGUGUGUGUGCAUGUGUGUGUCUGUGAGACGUGAGAGCCUCGUGUGACUCUACAGCAAGUCCCUAGCAGCCUCCACCUGCUCUGCUUCCUGAGAGUUGGCUCAGGCAGAUGAGAGCUGCCCUCUUCUUAGGGAUGAGUUAAAUGCAAAGUGAGAAAUAUGAAAACGCCCCUGAUCCCAGUCAUGCUUUGGCCUCUCUGGCCUCUCCUGUGCGCCCCCUCCAAUGGUGGGGGUGGACUUGCCCACAGCCCACAGCGGCACGGGGAGGAGGCUCACACCUUCCGGCUGCUUCAGGUCUGGAGCCAUCCCUCGGAGAUGGAUACGGCCACAAAGGACCAACCGGCUCCUGCGCACCGGCCUCGGAUCGACUCGCUUAGUGUGGCUCCAGAACUUGACAGGUUGCGGUUGAAACUGUAAAUAUGUCUGUGCCUUAAGAGAAGAGAAGUGAGUAGAGGUAGUUGAAAGCCUGCAGCUGCUGAAGUUCUGAGCCAGGCAAGCCGACAGGGCAGUCGGACGGCCACGCGCGGCCUUCAGAGGUGGCCGUGUGUGCAUCUGCGCGCGUGCAUGUGUGUCCGUCUCUCCCCUCCCUUGCCAGCGGGAGCCGCUACGUGCCUGUGCUUACCCCUCUCCUCCAGUGCACUGGCUCGGUGGUGGGAAGCAGGUUCCCGCCGUUAGUGCACUUCCCACGCGCUCUCCGUUUCUAGCACAGUGAGGGUGAAUCUCGCACGUCUUGCUGUUUGAGCAUGCACAGCUGCUCGUCCUGUUCUCGGCAGGCCCUGGUGCCAGGCAGGCUUGUCAGCGAAGCCUUCUCGGGUAGCUCGGACCCUGUGUCACCGCAGCUCACGUUGUGGGCGAGUGACAUCAUCCUCUGUGCAGCCCCGUGCAGCCCCCGUGCUGUUUCGUGUUGGAACACAGUCGGUGCUCCAGGUGCUCUUGAUGUGAAGACCAGGAACAGACGGGGCAGGUGGGUGGGCAGAUCUUCAUUCUUGCCCCCUGGUUUUCUAUGAGCUGUUUUGGGGGAGCCAACACGGGAAAGAUCAGGGCUUUUCCCAGGAAUGUCCCAAACUCUGGGACACGAGUUGUCUUCACUUCCAAUAAUCGAUUCUAAGAAAUGCCGAAAAUCAGUGAAAAAAUAAACACUCAUGAAGCCAGAAACUCCUUUUGCUAUCUCUCUCUAAAUACGAUUAUAAGAAAAAUAGUGACAAGGUGUCUUUCCCACCCCGUAUGGCAGAGGCUCUUCUCGGCAGCUGAACAUUUGGUCGACUUCUUGGUCUUGGUUCGGAAAGAAACACGUUUUCAGAAUUUUAUAUAUUGCAGGAAUCCUUUGAGAAUGUGGUUCCUUCUGGUAGGGAGAAAGGGCAAAUUAUUUUGAUAUUUUGUAUUUUCAACUUUGUAAAGAAGAAGUAUCCUCAGGGGUGGAAGAAGAGCUGUUUUUGUAAUUUUCCCCAAUUUCAGGCAUUUUUUUGCUCCAGGAGGAGCUCACGUAUUUAAGCCUAUUGUGGAAUAAGAAAGUGUAGAGCCACCUGCAGUGUUGGCUGUGUGACAGACCCUUGCCUUCGGGCCAGGGGGUCUCCGUUUCUCUGUGAGUGCAGAGGGUCGGGGACCCCCAGUCCACUGGAGCCAGGAGGAAGAGGAGGGCUGCUGUGACUGCACCCCACCACCACCACCAGUCUGCCCCUCGCGAAAGGAAGGGGAAUGGAAAGGCCUCACCUCAACAGGCGGUCAGAUCCUCACCACGCAGAGCAAGGUGACUUGGGUCGGCCAUGGCUGGUCAUACGUGCUGGUGUGGUCUCCUACAGAGUACCGCGCUGACUGCUUCUCCUCAAGGGUCCUUGCACACGUGAUCACAUGCGUGUUAGGAGGCUGCGUGCUCCAGGAGCCCGGACUCUUAAGCUGGAGCUCGCGAGAGCGCCUUGGCUUCCGAGCGUAAUUCUCCCGUCUCCUGAGUUCUCGGAACAGAAGACACGGGAGAGAAUGAGGGAAACUGCUCUUUUAUUUGUAUUCAUGAACUGGCUGUAAGCAGUUAUGUCAUAGAGGAUGUCAGAUAACACCACUGGUUAAAAUAAAGCCUAUUUUUCAAACUCA